AUGAGGCGUGUCCCUGGCUGGCUGGCCGCGCUCCGCGCCCUGCCACAGGAGCUCCCCCGGCGCGGGACUCACUCGCUGCUCUCGCUGCCUUCCAGGUGGCUGGAGCGGGCGGCGGACAGAGCCAUGAAGCGCGCCCUGCUGAAGAUGUUCCAGCCGCGGGAGAAGGCGGCGUGCGGCGGCUCCUACCAGGGGGUCGUGUGCGAAGCCGAUGCCGCCUCCCUCGCCUCGCAGGACGUGUUUAAGGUGAUUUCAGAUGGAAGUGCUUGCAGAUUACGGAGUUUCAUUAAGAAAAAUCGUUCCGGGCUUAGCAAAUUGGAUGAACUGAAUGCCACACCAUUGCAUCAUGCUGCAGGAGGAGGUCAAAUAGAAUUAAUGGAGAUGAUUUUAGAUGAUUCUUCCAAUGAAGUGCUAAAUGUGAUGGACUCCUCUGGAAACACCCCACUGCACUGGGCCACAAAAAAAAACCAGGUUGAAAGUGUUAAAUUACUUCUCAGCAGAGGCGCUAACCCAAACAUUCUAAACUCCAGUAUGAUGGCACCUCUUCAUCUAGCUGUGCAGUGCCUUCACAAUGAAAUAGUUAAGGUGUUGGUCCAACACAGCAGUACAGAUGUUAAUCUGGAAGGAGAAACUGGCAACACACCUAUAAUACUAGCAUGUUACAAAGAAAACCCUGAGGCACUGACACUUCUGCUUGAAAAUGGAGGAAAGUUAUGUAAAUCAAACAAAACUGGAUGUAUGCCUGUCCAUGCAGCUGCCUUUUCAGGUGCAAAAGCAUGUAUGGAAAUUAUUUUAAAAAAAGGUGAAGAGUUAGGCCAUUCUACUGAAAGUCACAUCAAUUUUACCAAUAAUGGAAAGUGCAGUCCUCUUCAUCUGGCAGUUCAGAGUGGAGACUUGGAAAUGAUUAAAAUGUGCAUUGAAUUUGGAGCACAGAUUGAUCUGAAACAGAAUGAAAAAUGCACAGCUCUUCAUUUUGCUGCCACCCAAGGAGCAACUGAGAUUGUUAAAUUAAUGAUGUCAUCCUAUGCUGGUGAUGAAUCUAUUAUUGAUGCACUAGAUGGGAAUAAGGAAACACUGCUUCACAGGACUGCAUUAUUUGAUCACUAUGAACUGGCAGAGUAUUUAAUUUCAAUGGGAGCAAAUAUUGAUAGACUUGACAUUGAGGGUCGGUCACCACUUCUACUGGCUACUUCCUGUGCAUCAUGGAAAAUUGUGAAUUUACUACUCUCAAAAGGAGCAAAUAUAUCUUUAAAAGAUCAGCUUGGUCGGAAUUUCUUGCACUUGACAGUACUGCAGCCUGGAGGAUUACAACAUCUAGAUGAGAAAUUUCUGCAGAUGAAACAUAUUAAAGAUCUUGUAGUGGAAGAAGAUGACGAGGGGUGCACUCCACUACAUUAUGCGUGCAGACAAGGAGUGCCCUUCUCUGUAAAUAGCUUGCUCGACUUGAAUGUUUCUGUCUAUUCUAAAAAUAGAGACAAGAAGUCUCCCUUGCAUUUUGCAGCCAGCUAUGGGCGUAUCAACACCUGUCAGCGACUUCUCAGAGGCAUGAAUGACACAAGACUUUUGAAUGAAGGUGAUAAGAAGGGAAUGACUCCCCUUCACUUGGCAGCCCAAAAUGGUCAUGAAAAGGUCGUGCAAUUUCUACUGAAGAAGGGUGCCCUCUUCCUGUGUGAUUAUAAAGGCUGGACAGCCCUGCAUCAUGCUGCCUUCGGAGGAUACACUCGCACAAUGCAAAUCAUUUUGGAUACUAAUGUGAAAUCUACAGACAGAGUGGAUGAAGAAGGGAACACAGCUCUUCAUCUUGCUGCAAAAGAAGGACAUGCGAAAGCGGUGAGACUUCUUCUUGAUGGUGGUGCCAAAAUAAUCUUGAACAAAGCAUCAGCCUCUUUUUUCCAUGAAGCAAUACACAAGAGGCGUAAAGAUGUAGUGUCUGCUGUCAUUCUGAAUAAAAGAUGGGAAGAAGCUGUGACAACAUUUUCUCACUCUUCUACUGCCAAUAAGUGUCCUUUGUUGGAAAUGAUUGAAUAUGUUCCUGAAUCUUUAAAGUUGGUUUUGGACAACUGUAUGAUUGAGUCUUCAGAGGAAAAGACAAGUCGAGACUUCUAUAUUGAAUAUAACUUCAGGUAUCUUCAGUGUCCACUAAUACUUAACAAAAAAGUAAAGGCAGAUGAAGAAAUUGUCUAUGAACCGCUUACCACUCUAAAUGCUAUGGUACGUCAUAAUCGCAUGGAGCUUCUCAAUCAUCCUGUAUGUAAAGAAUAUUUGCUCAUGAAGUGGAUGGCCUAUGGGUUCCGAGCACAUAUUAUGAACCUUGGUGUGUAUUCUCUUGGUCUCAUUCCCCUGACUCUUCUGAUCACCCGCAUACGACCAGGAAUAUCUUCCAAUGCAACAGAAACCCAUCAAACAGGACCAUUAGACUAUGAGGAUUCAUACUUCAUAAGAGUAUGUAUGUGUUUAGUUUUUACCAUGAGUUUAUUUGGAAUCUGCAAAGAGAUAUUUCAGCUCUUUCAACAGAAAUUGAAGUACCUGUUGGAUUAUUCUAAUCUAUUAGACUGGACAAUUUACACUUCAAGCAUAAUUUUUGUGUCUUCCUUAUUUGUUAAUAUCCCAGCUCGCCUGCAGUGGGAAUGUGGAGCAAUUUCUGUAUAUUUAUCUUGGAUGAACUUCUUGCUUUAUCUUCAAAGAUUUGAAAACUAUGGAAUCUACAUUGUAAUGUUCUGGGAAAUUCUGAGGACUUUGAUUCGGAUUGCUGUUGUGUUCUUUUUCCUGAUAUUGGCCUUUGGACUCAGCUUCUUUGUCCUUCUGUGUUCACAGCAACAUUACAAGACUCCGCUACUUUCUGUAAUGCAGACAUUUGCUAUGAUGCUGGGAGAUAUUAAUUAUCAUGAGGCUUUCCUUGAUCCACUGCUAAGUGAUAAUUUGCCCUAUCCGUUCUUGAGUUAUGCAGUUCUCAUUGUCUUCACCUUGCUUAUUCCAAUUCUUCUUAUGAACUUGCUGAUUGGUUUGGCUGUUGGAGACAUUGCUGAGGUGCAAAAAUAUGCUGCACUGAAAAGGAUUGCAAUGCAGGUUAAUCUUCACACAAAUUUAGAGAAGAAGCUGCCAUAUUGGUUCCUAAGUCGGGUGGACCAAGAAUCAAUCACUGUGUAUCCUAAUAGGCCAAGAUACUGUGGAUUUAUGAGCGUGUUCAACUAUUGCUUUGGUUAUGAAGACUCUGUCACAGAUGCUCAGAGUGCUGAUACAACUUUAGAACUGGAAAUUUUGAAGCAGAAAUACAGGCUUAAGGAUAUGUCAACGCUCUUGGAAAAACAGCAUGAGCUCAUUAAACUCAUCAUACAAAAAAUGGAGAUAGUAUCAGAGGCUGAUGAUGAAGACAGUAAUGAUUUAUUUCAGCAUAGGUUUAGGAAACAGCAGUUAGAACACAUGAACAGUAAAUGGGAUACUGUGUUAAAAGCUGUAAAAUCAAAAUGUCCCUAG